CUUUGUUGUGGUUUUUGUUUUUCGAUCUGGCAACGCUGCUCAAGACGGCGUGAGAGAGAAAUGGCGCCGGUCUCCGAAGAUGAGAUCAUCCGUCGGAAGCUUCUCAUUGACGGCGAUGGAAUGGGCGAUGACCGAAGGCUCAACAUGCUCCUCAAGGUUUUCCUCAAGUGGUGCAUGACUGACGAUGACGGCGAAGAGGAGACCAGGUUGGUGUACGAGCGCAUGCUGAUGACACUGGCCCAGUGUGAAUUCUCCAUAUCAAAGUCCCAGCACGUGUUAGCCAUGAACGAUGCAGAAAUGAAGAACUAUGAGCAGCUUUACAGUGAGAUAGAGGUUGGCAUAGCAAAUGCCCAGAAGAAGAUAGUGGAGAACAAGUUGGAGCUGCAGAAGGCCAAGAGUAUCCGCAAGAACAAACAGGAGUAUGACGCCUUGGCCAAGGUGAUAGCGACACAGCCAGACAGGCGAGGCAUGCUGUCUCAGCUCGAGUGCCUGGAGAAGCAGAUUCGCUCCCUGCAAGAGUCGCAGCAGGCCCUGGACUCACGCCUGGAGCAUCGGCGGCGGCAGUUCCACGUGCUGCUCACUUCGGUCUACGAGCUGGGCCGCAUCCUCAAAGACGAAGAGAAUGGAGACGUGGAAUCACAAGCCAUGGACACAGCAUGAUGGAAGCAAGAAGACAAUCACUCCUGUUUUGUAAAAAGAACUCAU